UUGAGUUCCAUGCUCAAUUUUCUUCUAAAGAGAGAAAAAAAGAAAGAAUUGACAAAGCUCUCUUUCUCUCCAUCUUCACUCUCAGGUCUUUAUCCUUAGUUAGUUAGUUUCUUCUCUCCUGUCUUCUUGGUAACCAUGCGAGCUGAAGAUAAUAACACUUUAGAUCUCAAUAACUUACCUGAUGAUCCUUCUAGAGAAAAUUUCCCAUUCUUUGAAGAAGGCUCCUCUUCCUCUUCCUCUUCUGGAGGUUUUAAGGAGAAGCAAACCAAAGACGGGAAAGAGUAUGAAUGUAGAUUUUGUUCACUCAAGUUCUUCAAAUCUCAAGCUCUCGGUGGCCAUAUGAACCGCCACCGUCAAGAAAGAGAGACGGAGUCACUAAAUAAAGCUCGUGAACUUGUUCUUCGCAGUGAUAGCUUUCCUCCUCAUCAAGGACCUCCAUCGUUCAGUUAUCAUCAAGGAGAUGCGCAUAUAGGAGACGUAAUAACAUCAUUCAGACCAAUGGUGUAUCCACCAAGACAUUUCUCCCUCUCUUCCUCUUCCUCCACCCUCCCGUCUCAGCAGUUGCAGCCACCAUGUCUUUAUCCUCCGCCGUCUUCACUGUUUUCUCAACAUAGGACUAAAGAUUACUACAUAGGCAACAACCGUCAGCAAACCCUAACUCAUACCGUUUGCGGUGGUCGUGCACUACCUGACUCGAGUUACACCUUCAUCAGUGCACCACUGGCUAAUGGUUCUAGAGUUGCUCCUCAACUUCAUCUACCUCUACCUCCACAUCAUGGUCUAUGAUAAUAUUAAAUGAAAAAAUGUAUUUCCUUUUUUUUGGUUUUUUUUUAAAAUUUGGAUUUUAAUUAAAUUUUUAAAACUUAUCUCCAUCAUGUGUUUAAAUUAUAUCUAUAGUUUUUUUGUGGGAAUAUUGAAAGGGACAUGACAAAGUAAUUGAAAACGACAAAAAGUGCAAUGCAAAUUGGAGAGGGAGUGUUGUUUGGGGUUAUGUAAGAAGAUUGUG